UUUGGAUUACAGAAGCUGGCUGGAGACAUUUUCUCCAUACACCAAAAAUGCUUUCCAAGUCACCAUCUUUCCUUCUCUUUCUUCAACUAACAACAGAAACUUUUCUGCAUCCCUUUUUCCUGCUGUAGAAACCCCAUUUUGGUUGCCUUUUCAGGUUCUUUAAAAGCAUCAGAAGCCAGAGAGUGUUUCAGAGGAAUAUAACUCAGCUGCGUUUUUUACCAUCAGGUUCUUCAACACAAUAUCAGAUCUUGCCACUAUCGGGACCAUUGAUCAGUUUUUGAGAAAGUCUUCUGAUAAGGUAACAUGUGACAUUUUGUUCGUGUUAUGAACAAUAGUUUUGUAUGUAAUCCAAAAGAGGCAGAAAAUACGUUGGUAGGGCAGGGUAGAAUGGGAUCGCAGCUUUUCUUGCAUUAGCAUUCGUUCUUAUGCCUGUGAAAUCAUAGUUUCGCUUCCAUUCGAAUAUUUACAUAACAAUGUCUUUCCAACAUCCAUUGAGAAACUCCUCAUUGGGAGCUUCCUUAUCAUCUGCACUCCCAGAAAAAAUAUCAGAUGAUCCAUCGACAAAUAAAACUCCUCAGAGUACUGUCACGUGCGCCUACCAUGCUUAUGUUGCAGGUUAUUGGCGUACUAUCACAGUUUUUUGGUGCAAGAACCUUAUGAAUCACACCCUCAACCUCAUUAUCAAUAAUCUUGAAGGUGAAGCUUGUUACAAUUGCAAGAUUGACCUUAAGCCUUGGCUUUUUUGGAGCAAAAAAGGGGGCAAGUCCUUUGAGCUCGAAGGGUGCCAAGUAGAUAUACAUUGGGAUUUCCGAUCAGCUAAAUUUUCCGGGAGUCCUGAGCCGGCUAGCGAUUAUUAUGUUGCUAUAGUUUCAGAUGAAGAGGUUGUUUUGUUGUUGGGAGAUUACAAGAAAAAGGCUUACAAGAGAACGAAAGCAAGACCGGCUCUCGUUGAGGCUAUCCUAUAUUUGAAGAAAGAAAAUGUAUUUCACAGGAAAACCUUCUCAACCAGAGCUAAAUUCGACGAAAGGAAAAAUGAACAUGAUAUUAUUGUAGAGAGUUCAGCAGGAGGAUCAAGAGACCCUGAGAUGUGGAUUAGCAUAGAUGGAAUCGUUGUGAUUCAUGUUAUGAAUUUACAGUGGAAAUUCAGAGGGAACCAAACUGUGAUGUUGAGCAGGCAACCAGUUCAAGUGUUCUGGGAUGUCCAUGAUUGGCUGUUUAGUACCCCUGGCACUGGCCAUGGCUUGUUCAUAUUCAAACCAGGGGUUCCAGAACCAGAAGAUGACAAGGAUGGCAGCAGUUAUGGUGGGCAGAGUGAUACUAGUGAUGGGAGUAUGUACUUUUCUACCAGGAGUCUCUCAGCAACAGCAGAAUUCUGCCUUUUCCUUUAUGCCUGGAAGAUUGAGUAAGGUUUGUGGUAUUCUAUGGAAAUGGCUAAGUGCAUCAUUCGCAGGCAUUCUUAUGGCUAGAACUUUCCCUGCCAGUAGAAAUAUAACCUGUAAAGUAGGUUAUCGGUUAUCUCCCUGGUCUGAGCCCUUCAUGGAUGUAUAUCAGAUCCAUUACAUUUUCCAUGCCAUUGUGGAAGCAUAGUUGAUAAUGUCAACUGUAGU